AUGCAGUUCAAUAUCGUUUUAGAGCAGAAGGUGCUAGCCGAGUCUGUCUGGUUGUCUACCUCAGGUGUCGAGACACUCAAGGUCACCCCUACUCUCAUUGACGGCGUGACAAUUUCUGCUUCCCCAAACACAAAGUCUGCCACGCCUUGGAUCUCCCUUGACAAGACUGGUAUUCCAUACAGAAUCACUCCAACCGUCAGCGGUGGAACCACCAUCUCCGCGUCUCCUACCCCAACAGACUCGAACUAUCCUAAGGUGGACGAUGUUCCACCGGUGUUGCGUUGUUUUGGCGACAGAGUCCCGAAUGAAGAUGCCCUUGGCUCGCCAUUCUGCACCGCCCAGAACGGUACCGAAUUAUUGGUGGGUGAAAUCUACUGGAUUACCUGGGAUCCAUCCUACUGGGGUGGUGACGUUUCUAGGGUUACUUUGCAAAUGCGCGCAUACCCAGUCUUGGAUAACGACUCUCCAUUGUUCACCUCGGAACAACUCAGCAACAAUGAUGGUUACUACCCUCUUGAAAUUACCCCUGAAAUGAGACGGUCGCUGGAUGCCGGCUACUUUUUCUUGAACAUCACCCCAUUGACCAACCAGAACAGUAACGCAAAGCAUGUGGGUACCAAGUCUGGCCCGGUCUUGAGAGUCAUCACCUCCAGGAGCGAAGCCAUUACCGAGCUUUCCCGUGUCCCUUCCGAUAACGCUGUUAACACCUCUAAGGAAGGUGUGAAGGCGUCCACGAUUGCCCCAGCUGUUAUCGUUCCAGUGGUGGUGGCCAUUGCUCUUGUUGCCGGUAUCUUCUGGUACUUGAAUAAGAAGAAGCAGGCUGAAGCUUACGCUGGCAACAACCGUACCUACAGAGUGGUUAUUUCAAGUCUAUGCAGUGAUUUAAAUGCCAUGGCGCUUUUACGUCUUGAAGUGUAG